CAAGAGUAUGACGUUUGCAUGGGAUGGCCUUCAUCGGGUUAAUUACCCUCAUAGCGGUCAGCCAUAGGGACCUCCUGGACAAAGAAUUCAUCCUCGGAUUCCUCCUCAAGAAUAAGGCGACGGCGACUAGAAGUUUCCCUUUCGCUAGUCUGGAGUGAAGGUUCCUGAGUUGUGGAGGUGGGUCGAGCCUUCCCAUGUGGCACAUGCAGCCUCCCGCCGCGAGGCUCCUCUUGGAUCUCCUGUCGGGCCCGACGUUUGAGGAAGCCGUCCUCGGUUAUCCAACGUGGACGUACGAGAGUGUGCCAGCGGGUGCGAGCCAGGGUUCUUCAACAGAGCGCCCUUGCGGCCUUGCCUUCCAAGUGAAAUCCUCGGCCCUUCAGAUACUGGGAUCCAAAAUGAGUUACACACCUGUUGCACUUGGGGUUCCGUUUUCAUGAAUGGAAUUUCCGAGGUACCCAUCCAGAGCGGACUAGAAUCUCGCACAGGCUGCUUCACUGAGGUCACGACUUAAUGCUUAGUAACCAUGCACUAAUCUUUACUGUCGGGGAUGUUACUAAAGGGCAUUCAAUCUCGAUACACUACUUCAUACUUUUUGUUCUAUCUAUAAAAUUUCCCUCUCUAAAUACUAUCUCUACAUACUCCAUAUAUAAUGCAAACGGACUUCAUCAUCGGAGUGUAGACCAGAGGCCACCUCCACCUUUCCACAAGUUUCACCAUUCUAAAGAAACCAGAUAAACAGUCGAACUACCUGGUUUACUUUUGUACUAUGUAUGACUCUCGAAUACUACCUUUUUGGAUGUUUAUGUUAAAAAAAAGACCAGAUAAACAAAAGGUUAGUCUCAAAUGGGCAUGAGUUGGUAUAAAUACCUAUUUAUUUGAGGAUGUUCUAACUACACAUUGAAAAUUGGACCUAUUUUCAUACAAAAAAAAAAUUGGACUUAUUUGUAAAACUUGAAAAUUUUAGGUAUCAUAAUGUAAUGCACAAAAGUUUAGGUACUAAAAUUUAAUUUUCUAUUGAUAUUUUGAGGACCCAUGUGCAAAAAACAUUAGUAAUUAAAUCUAUAGAUCUAUUUAGUUUAGGUACUAAAUUGUAAUUUGCAAAUGGGUAUGGGCGCAAACCCAAAUCUAUGAAUUAAAUGUCUCACCCAACCCAAAUAAAUGGGUAUGAGUAUAUACCAAUAAACUCUACCAAUCUACCUUGUAUGCAGGUUUCAUACCCCAUCUAGGGGUGGCAGUUCGGUUACCGGUUACUGGUUAACCGGCCGGUUAAACUAAUAACGGUCGGUUAAACCGAUAACGGCCGGUUAUCAACUAAUUGAUAACCGAAGUAACCGAACUUCGGUCGGUUAUCGGAGGCUAGUCGAAUUGGUUUUUGGUCUUAAAAGUAGGUCGGUUAAUCGAUAACCGAGAUAACCGAGAAACCGAAGUCUAUUUCGGGCGGUUUUCGGUAAGGGGAGUGGUUAUUUCGAUUAACCGAUAACCGGCCGAUCGGUUAUCGGUUAUAACCGAAAUGCCACCCCUACCUCAACCCAAUUGAAUUGAAUAAGGAAAUACUCAUGAGUUUGGACAAAAUUGUCAUCACUAAUCAUAACAACCCCAACACAUGCACCCAUUUGUAUCUAAUCCACAACUUUGUCGACCACCACCACAUAUUUGCUGAAAGGUGUAGCAACUACAACCAGCAAGCCACCCAAUGGGGUGUGCCGGGAGGCCCUCCGGCACACGACCACUCUCAUGGGUCAGUUAGUUUAUCCAAACCUAUAUUAUAUGAUGGGUUUGUGGUGUAUGAUUGAAUGCUUACGUUGAUACUUUCAAAUCUAUUAAUUAAUACUAGUAUUAUUC